CUUGGUGAUGGUAGCAUUGCUGGCAGGCAAUUUACAUCCAAAUUAACGUGUUGCUGCAGCAUUUUCCGCUGCCGCCACACUAGCUUUUCUCUUCGGACUGGCAACAAAUUAAACCACAAUGGCUCUGUACAACUUUAAGAAAAUUAUGGUGGUCCCUCCCGCCAAGGACUUCAUUGACAUCAUCCUGUCAAAAACUCAGAGGAAGACACCAACCGUAGUGCACAAGCAAUAUAAAAUUUCAAGGAUUAGGUCAUUUUACAUGCGCAAAGUGAAGUUCACACAACAGAAUUUCCACGACCGUCUCUCACAAAUUAUUCAAGAUUUUCCAAAGCUUGAUAAUGUCCACCCUUUUUAUGCUGAUUUGAUGAACAUCUUGUACGACAAGGAUCACUACAAACUUGCUCUGGGUCAGCUCAACACUGCUAGGCAUCUGAUCGACAACGUUGGAAAGGAUUAUGCUCGACUCCUUAAGUUUGGUGACACGCUGUACAGAUGCAAGCAGCUCAAAAGAGCCGCACUUGGAAGAAUGGCGACAAUUAUGAAGCGUCAGGGUCCGAAUCUGUCUUACCUGGAAAGCGUGCGGCAGCAUCUGGCCCGUCUGCCAUCGAUUGACCCGUACACACGCACCCUCAUUCUCUGUGGCUUCCCUAAUGUCGGCAAAUCGAGCUUCAUCAACAAGAUCACCAGGGCUGACGUCGAGGUGCAGCCGUACGCGUUCACCACCAAGUCGCUCUACGUGGGCCACAUGGACUACAUGUAUCUUCGCUGGCAGGUGAUCGACACGCCUGGAAUCCUGGACAAGCCGCUUGAGGAGAGGAACACAAUCGAAAUGCAGGCUGUCACUGCGUUGGCUCACCUCAGGGCCUGCGUCAUCUACAUGAUGGACCUGUCUGAGCAGUGCGGAAAAACUCUGGAAGAGCAGGUGAAACUGUUCGAGAGUAUCAAACCGUUGUUUGCCAACAAGCCCCUGAUUAUUGCCUUCAACAAAAUCGAUGUCACUCCAUUGACCGCUCUUGACGAUGACCGCAAGCAAGUUCUUGAGCAGAUCAUGAAGGAGAACACUGUGAUGGAAAUGAGUACUCUCACAGAAGUUGGCGUCAUUGAAAUCAAGCAACAUGCUUGCGACAAACUGCUUUCCAGCAGAGUCGAGAACAAAACCAGACAGAACAAGACUGAGGGCAUCUUGAACAGGCUCCACGUCACUGAACCAGCUCCGAGAGACCAGAAAGCCAGACCACCUUGUAUUCCGGAGGGUGCGUUAGAGUUCCGCAAGAAGCGCUUGGCUCAGUUAGCCGCCAAAAAGGCAGAGGAGGAAGGCGAAUCUGAAGAGGAGGAUGAUGACAUGGAUGUGGAGAAGAAGAAGACAGAGCGGGAUAUUGAGCUUGAAGAGGGAGAUGAUUACAUCCUCGACUUGAAGAAGAGAUAUGACCUGCCUGAAGAGGAAAAAUAUGAUAACAUCCCCGAGUUCUGGGAAGGACACAACAUUGCUGAUUACAUUGACCCUGAAAUCUUCUACAAACUUGAAACUUUGGAGAAGGAUGAGGAGCUGCGGGAGGCUGCUGGCAUGUACGUGAUUCCCAAAAUGGAGCUGGAUGAGACCAUGAUGGAGAUCAGCAAACUGGCCAAGAAGAUCCGCGAGAAGAAGGCCAUCCUUCAGGACGAGGCCAGGGUGAACAAGAGCAGCACCAAGGCCAAGCUGCCCAGGACAGCGGCUGCCAAGGACAGAAAUAGAAGCGUCUCCCGGCUGAGAAGCCAGAUGAACGAAGUGGGCGUUGAGCCGUCGGAGAGUGAAAACGCGCAUUUCAAGAAGGCUAAUAAGAGAGGCCGAUCAGCCACCAAGAGCCCCGUCGCCACCAAGAGAGUCCGUGUAGACUCCGAGGGAAGGGCGAGAAGCGUAUCGAAAACGCCAAGAGACGAGAUGGGCGUGAAGAAUCCAGAGAUGCGCCUCAGGCUGAAGGACAAGGCUCACAAAGCCAUCAGGAAGAAGGUGGGCAAGAAGGGUCUCAAGGGCGAGGCCGACAGGUUCAUCGGCACCAAGAUGCCGAAACACUUGUUCGUUGGCAAGAGAGGCGUCGGCAAAACCGACAGGAGGUAAAAGCCUAUAAUUGUAUGCGAAAAUUUACAAUAAAAAGCUAUUAUUUAAAUAGAAA